AUGCAGCUUUGCCAACUUUCGGCAGGAGCCCCCCACUCCCCGCGCCCGACCGUUAAGCCAACCGACCGUGCGCCACCCAAGCCGGGUGGGCGCAAAGCGGGGCGGGCAACCNAGGAGAAGGAGAAGGAGGGCGGCGCGGGGCUGCCCGGUUGCGGCGGCGGCGGGGAGGCGGGCGGCGGCGGCGGCGGCGGCGGCGCGGGCGGCAGCCCGGAGAAGACCCGCAGCGCGCAGGAGUACAAGGAGCAGGGCAACCGGCUCUUCGUCAGCCGCAAGUACCCCGAGGCGGCCGCCUGCUACGGACGCGCCAUUAAUCGCAAUCCCUUGGUCGCCGUCUACUACACCAACCGCGCCUUAUGUUACCUAAAGAUGCAACAGCACGACAAAGCCCUGUCCGACUGCAAGCACGCCUUGGAACUGGACGGCCAAUCCGUGAAGGCACAUUUCUUCCUGGGACAGUGCCAGCUGGAGAUGGAGAAUUACGACGAGGCUAUUGCUAACCUUCAAAGAGCCUACAACCUAGCCAAAGAGCAGCGGCUAAACUUUGGGGACGACAUUCCGAGCGCCCUGCGCAUCGCCAAGAAGAAACGUUGGAACAACAUCGAGGAGAAGCGGAUCAACCAGGAGAACGAGUUGCACGCUUACCUCACCAAGCUCAUCAUGGCAGAGAAGGAGAGGGAACUCGAAGAAUGCCAACGGGCCCAAGAGCAGGAGAACAUGGAUGAAAACCGGAGCCGGGCACAACUGGCCAACAUCAAAGCCAAACACGAAAAAUAUCUAGCAGACAUGGAUGAACUCUUCUCCCAGGUGGACGAGAAGCGGAAGAAACGGGACAUCCCUGAUUACCUGUGUGGGAAAAUCAGCUUCGAACUGAUGCGCGAGCCUUGCAUUACGCCGAGUGGGAUCACCUACGACCGGAAGGACAUCGAAGAGCACCUCCAGCGGGUUGGCCACUUUGACCCUGUGACCCGAAGCCCGCUGACCCAAGACCAGCUGAUUCCAAACUUGGCCAUGAAAGAGGUGAUUGACGCCUUCAUAUCCGAAAACGGCUGGGUGGAAGAUUACUGACCUCCGAAGGAUGGGAGGAGAACUCCUGGGGACCUCCAGCUGCUGUGGCAACCGAGAAGACCCCCUCCGGACUGCGCCAGACUGCC